UGGGGUUCUUAUACAUAGAAAGGUUUCUCCCUCCCCCAUCACGGAAUGUAAAUCAACAAGAGACUAUUGGAUAUUCAACCGUAUAACCCUUCGUACAAAGUUUGAAAGCUUCGAUCAUUUUGCGAUUUCGUUCUGUUCCUCUGUCGUAAUAUCACAUUAUAAACUCAUUGCCAUAAUAAUCAUGCCAACGGUACGUAGUUUCACAAGCGUUUCAAGAUCGGAUUUGCCCAAUGACUUUAUGGUUAAUUUCAUAAAUCAGCUUGGGAAAAGCUUAAACCGUGAUCCAGAGAGCGUUACGUUGCACAUGUUCUGCGAUCAGAUGCUAUGUCGGGGUACUACCAAUGACCCAAUGUGCUAUGUUGAGAUCUUCAAUACUUGUGGACAUGGUGAACCUGAUGAGAUACGUCAGAAGGUGAUAGGGAUCAGUGACUUUCUUAAGACUUCACUUAAGAUCACUGAUGGCGAGAUGGUUCGGAUCUUAUUUCACGUCAUGCCUCCUCAUCACGUCGGUAUUGGAACUGGGAAGAUCUUAACUGACUUCAUGAAAAAGUGACAACACAAACGGUUCUCGAAGAUUCAACUUACUGCAACUGAAUGCUGCACGAAUGAUGCCAACUAAACACUAAAUAUAAUCGAAAAUUUAGAUUUACUUGCAGCUGUCAACCUUUCCAUGAGGCAAAGAGAGUUCGCGAAAUAGAACCCUUGACACCAAUAGAAUAAAAGUUGAUACCUUCAUUAAUUGAUAUUCAGAACUCAUAAUAAUGUGAAUAAUCGAUCUAUACUCUUACCUACAUCGAACAUUUAGAUUGCAUGGACUAAGCUGACCAUUCUGAGGUGUUUAAUUAAUUAUGACUGAUAUGAUAUAUACAUCAAAUAUAUUUCUGGAUUUUUUGUGGUGGAAAUAUGGCAUAAACAAACACUUUAAUACUAGCUAAAUUUUUUGUUCAUUUACUGUUGUAAUGAAUAUUCAUGAGUGGAGUCCGAAUCAUGGGAUAAGGAACCCAGAAAGUUCAUCUGAGAUGGAGCCAUCUGGGGCCUACAUUUUCUUUUCUAAAGCGAAAUCAACACAUAAUGCAUCCCAUUAAUAAAUUCCCACUUGUAACCCAGUCGGGUUAUAUGGGCACAGAUAACAAUGAUUGGCUUUUAUAUAUAUCGCUUUAUCAAUCUACGACUGCAAAGCACUUCACAAUUAUUAUUACCCGGUCACUGGAUUCAUAGAUUUUCUAGCAGCCUGUUAGGCGCACACUUGCUAAACCAACCACAAUGAUAGAUGUUUCCUACACCCCGGGGGCCAUUUCCAUUGACAAGUGGAUACCAUAAGUGAACAUGGGGUUCGAAAAGCACCCUAAGCAAGUAUUUUUCAUUUUCUGAAAAUGCACCCCUUAAAGGGAUGGUCCGGGCUGAAAAUAUUUAUAUCUAAAUAAAUAGAGUAAAAUUCACUGAGCAAAAUGCUGAAAAUUAGAUCAAAAUCGGAUAACAAGUAAGUGAAAUAACAAAGUUAUUGAAUUUUAAAGAUUAGCAUUAUUCCGAUGAAACAGUUCUAGGCAUGUCUUUAUGAAUAUUCAUUAGAUUGACUGAUGAUGUCACAUCCCCACUUGUUCUUUUGUAUUUUAUUAUAUGAUAUUAGGUUUAUUCAAUUUUUUUUCCAAUAAAUUGGAUUGACAACUGAUUUAGUGCAUUAGAUAUUUAUUGCUGCAACUUAUUUCAUUAUUUCAACGGAAAGUGGGGAUGUGACAUCAUCAGCCUACCUAAUGAAUUUUCAUGACGACUGUUUUCACAAAAUAUUGCUGAAUUUAUUAUUUGUUAUCCAAUUUUGAUGAAAUUUUCGGCAAUUUGCUGUGAAUUCUACUCUAUGUAUAUAACUAUUUUCAAUCCGGAGCAUCCCUUUAACGAUGUUGCAAGUGUAGGCCUUUCAUUUAUUUUUAAAGAUCAUUAAGUGCUCCAAAUACUACGUUCACUUCAAACAUUUUCUCCCUGGUCACCAAAUUCCCUCGUAAUAUUUUUAAGGAGUGUCAUUGUUCUAUUAUACCUCCUACGUUCAAAGUCUUAAAAAACGCCACAGGAGAGAGUGACGAUUAAUACAAACCCAUUUUCUGAUAACCAGUCCUACCCCCCUCCUUUAUCGUUAAAUGCCCUCAUCUGCAUCUGUAACAUUAAUCAGGCCCUGAUGCAUAAUAUAAAUUAAAAAUUCUCAAGCAUUUUGAAAAUGUUAUUUUUUUUUCGCUCGGUCGCUACGCUCCCUCGCACGAUGUUAGAAAAUAUUAUUAUAGGAGGGGGGACUUGCUGUUUGGUGUGUGUAAGGCUAUCCACAAUAAGCCAUUUUCAUUGUAUUGAAAAAAAUAACGACGUCGAAAAAUUUUCAAGCCCCCAGAAGCCCCCCCCCCGCAAAAAAAAAAUCUUGUGUUAAAUUGUAGUAUACAGUUUUACCUCUGAUUGUAAAUACUUCCUUCUUUGAUCUUAGAAUGUAGCAAUUUAUAUGCUAAUGCACAUCAUUUGUGAUGUUCUUCUUGGUUUUGAAUAUAAACUGAAAAAACACUGGA